UGACGUAUGAGGGGACGCCUCAUGAAUAUGUAACGACGGCUUUUUGUACGCGGUCACGUUGCGUUGCGGCAUCACAACGGCAGACUUUGGCGUUCAGAGAGCAUCUUCUUCCAGUACAUCUCUCGCUCCAGCUUUUUCCUUACACAACAACCAGGUCGUUCUGAGCAGCAGGCAUCAUGACUCACCAGUACCCAGCACUCACCCCCGCGCAGAAGAAGGAGCUGCAGGAGAUCGCCCUGGCCAUCGUCGCACCCGGCAAAGGCAUUCUGGCUGCGGAUGAGUCCACAGGGAGCAUGGCCAAGCGCCUGAACCCCAUCGGCGUCGAGAACACCGAAGAGAACCGCCGCCUGUACCGCCAGCUCCUGUUCACGGCUGACGAGCGCAUCGACAACUGCAUCGGCGGCGUCAUCUUCUUCCACGAGACUCUUUACCAGAGCACGGACGACGGCACUAAUUUCGCCAAGCUGAUCAAGGACCGCGGCAUUGUCGUGGGCAUUAAGGUCGACAAAGGUGUUGUUCCUUUGGCAGGGACCAACGGGGAAACCACAACACAGGGGUUGGACGGCCUGUCGGAGCGCUGCGCUCAGUAUAAGAAGGACGGUGCCGAUUUCGCCAAGUGGCGUUGCGUGCUGAAGAUUAGCGAGACCACUCCCUCAGAGCUCGCGAUCCAGGAGAACGCCAACGUCCUGGCUCGCUAUGCCAGCAUCUGCCAGCAGAACGGCAUCGUGCCCAUCGUGGAGCCCGAGAUCUUGCCUGAUGGAGAUCAUGACCUCAAGCGUUGCCAGUACGUCACAGAGAAGGUCCUCGCCGCCUGCUACAAGGCCUUGUCCGACCAUCACGUCUACCUGGAGGGCACGCUCCUCAAACCCAACAUGGUGACCGCCGGACACUCCUGCCCCACCAAAUUCAGCAGCGAGGAGAUCGCCAUGGCGACAGUCACCGCCCUGCGCCGCACCGUUCCCCCAGCCGUUACAGGUGUAACCUUCCUGUCUGGAGGACAGAGUGAAGAGGAGGCAUCUAUCAACCUGAACGCCAUCAACACCUGCCCCCUGCUCAAGCCGUGGGCGCUGACCUUCUCGUACGGCCGUGCUCUGCAGGCUUCAGCCCUCAGCGCCUGGCGCGGGCUCAAGGACAACACGAAAGCCGCCACCGAGGCUUUCAUCAAGCGCGCUGAGGCUAAUGGCCUGGCCGCUCAAGGAAAGUACGUGUCCAGCGGAACCGACGGAGCUGCAGCACAGUCUCUGUACGUGGCCAACCACGCCUAUUAAACCCCCCACCCCAAUCCCGACUCCCCCAUCGCCCUGCGUUCUCCAGCUUCUGCCAACCAGUAGUAUCUUCCACCCACAGCACCCACCUCCUCCCUGUCACCAACCAAUCACAGGCCUUCGCUGUCGUCUGUCCUCUGUGCAAGAGUCGUCAAUUGAAACCUUCUUGUUGCAUCUUGUUCAAAUUUCUUUAACAGGAUUAGGAAGGAGUGUUGGGAGGCAGAGCACGGAGAUCUUUUUUUUUUUUCGUCCCAGUGGAUCUAAAAUAUGAAUUAAUUAGUGUUGCCUGCAUGGCUGAAUUCUUAACACCUGAUUCAAAUAGGUUUCUUUGGAAAAAAAUUCAGUUAUGAGUAUUGAAUUCCAAGACGCUCGCUCCAGGUUCUGUAGUUCUCAUGUGUUUCGUCGUUACUGUAAAUUCCGGUCGAUUGUGCAGCGGUUGCGAGAGCAGGACGGUGAAGGGAAAUAAAAUCACGUUAUCCAUUCCAGACGUCGUACGUGUCCAAAGCAUUGCAAGGAAAGUGUGAGUAGAAUAAAGGCUGAACAGGAGCAUUCCUAAAGCGUGUGUGUGUACGUGUAAGAGGGUGUGUAUAGGUCAGUACAUCUGUGUGCAUUACAAAGGUUUUAAACGAACAAUUGACCAACAGAGGAAGAUUUAUUUAAUCUAUAGUACCAAGUGUUAAGGAUUGUUUGCUCAUCUACUGUUUGAUAAUCAUAGAAUCUAUUAACUCUAUUAGUUUGCUGUUUCGUGUAGUGUGCGUGAACGUUCUGCGCGCUCCCUUUCCAUCUUUUGUAGCCUAGUGAUGCAGAGACGGUGAUGGUUUAGGCUCAAUACGCCGGUACGGACGGGACUACGGGGAGCUUUCACUGCUGAUUUGGUUAGACUGUGAUGUUGUUGUGGUGUUAUUCCCUAAGCACUUGGUGUCAAGCAAAAAGAUAUAUAUAAUAUAAAAUAAAGAGAUUCAAACCCCAAA